CAAUGCCUGGCCCCAGACUCACAGAGGCGAGGGCUUCCCCUUCCCCCUUCCCUACCCCCCCCCCCCCCGUGUCCCCAUCUCCUUCCUCCGAGGAAAGAGAGACCUCUCCGCUCAGGAGAGGAGAGGAGGGCGCCCUUCAGCCAGAGGCCUGGACCUGGGCAGGCAAGGCAAGGACUCUUCUUCUCCUCGAGUUUCCCCGAGAGCUUUUUUCCCCCUGCAAGUCGCUUCUGGUGUGAGAGACUCGGCCGUCUACAGAGACGUUGCCCAGGGGAACGCCCGGAUAUGUGAACACCCUGCUGAGAGGCUCCUCUCAUGUCCCCGCAAGCUAGAGCUGACAGGCGGGAGCUCGCCCCGUCUCCCGGAUUGGAGCCGGAAACCUUCAGGUCAACCCAACUCAACCUUCAGGUCGGCGAGGGGGCCUCCCAGGCCGCCAUGUCCCGCUCCGGCGACAGGACGUCCACCUUCGACCCCAGCCACAGCGACAACCUCCUGCACGGCCUCAACCUGCUCUGGAGGAAGCAGCUCUUCUGCGACGUGACCCUGACGGCCCAAGGCCAGCAGUUCCACUGCCACAAGGCCGUCCUGGCCUCCUGCUCGCAGUACUUCCGCUCGCUCUUCUCCAGCUCGGCGGGCGGCGGGGGCGGCCCUCUCCACCACCAGCACCCGCUGGGCGUGGGGCCCGGCUGCCAGGACGGCCUGCCCGCCAAGGAGCCGCCCCCGCCGCAGUCGAAGCAGCCGCCGCCGCCGCCUCCUCCGGAAGAGCCCGGCACGCCCUCCUCCUCCCCGGAGGACAAGCUGCUGUCCAGCCCGCGGGCCAUCAACAACCUGGUGCUGCAGGGCUGCUCGUCCAUCGGGCUGCGGCUGGUGCUGGAGUACCUGUACACGGCCAACGUCACCCUCUCGCUGGACACCGCCGAGGAGGUGCUCUCGGUCAGCAAGAUCCUCCACGUGCCGCAGGUGACCAAGCUCUGCGUCCAGUUCCUCAACGACCAGAUCUCGGUGCAGAACUACAAGCAGGUCUGCAAGAUCGCCGCCCUCCACGGCCUGGAGGAGACCAAGAAGCUGGCCAACAAGUACCUGGUGGAGGACGUGCUGCUGCUCAACUUCGAGGAGAUGCGCGCCCUGCUCGACUCGCUCCCGCCGCCCGUGGAGUCCGAGCUGGCGCUCUUCCAGAUGUCCGUCCUGUGGCUCGAGCACGACCGCGAGACCCGCAUGCAGUACGCGCCCGACCUCAUGAAGCGCCUCCGCUUCGCCCUCAUCCCGGCCCCGGAGCUGGUGGAGCGCGUCCAGUCCGUGGACUUCAUGCGCACCGACCCCGUCUGCCAGAAGCUGCUCCUCGACGCCAUGAACUACCACCUCAUGCCCUUCAGGCAGCACUGCCGGCAGAGCCUGGCCAGCAGAAUUCGUUCCAACAAGAAAAUGCUUUUAUUGGUUGGAGGAUUGCCUCCUGGACCUGACCGGCUACCCAGCAAUUUGGUUCAGUAUUAUGAUGAUGAAAAGAAGACAUGGAAAAUACUGACAAUUAUGCCAUAUAAUAGUGCCCACCACUGUGUUGUGGAAGUAGAAAAUUUCUUGUUCGUAUUGGGAGGAGAAGACCAGUGGAAUCCCAAUGGAAAGCACAGUACAAACUUUGUCAGCCGAUAUGAUCCUAGGUUUAACAGCUGGAUACAGCUUCCACCUAUGCAAGAGAGGAGGGCUAGUUUUUAUGCCUGUCGGCUUGACAAAAAUUUGUAUGUGAUUGGUGGGAGAAAUGAAACUGGCUAUUUAUCAAGUGUGGAGUGCUAUAAUUUAGAAUCAAAUGAAUGGCGUUAUGUAUCUUCCCUACCACAACCCUUGGCAGCACAUGCUGGAGCUGUACAUAAUGGCAAGAUUUAUAUUUCAGGAGGUGUCCACAAUGGUGAAUAUGUUCCCUGGCUGUAUUGCUAUGAUCCUGUAAUGGAUGUCUGGGCUAGAAAACAAGACAUGAACACAAAAAGAGCUAUCCAUGCAUUGGCUGUAAUGAAUGAUCGGCUGUACGCAAUUGGAGGAAAUCAUUUGAAAGGGUUUUCACACCUUGAUGUCAUGCUUGUGGAAUGCUAUGACCCAAAAGGAGACCAAUGGAAUAUUUUGCAGACUCCUAUUUUAGAGGGUCGCAGUGGUCCUGGAUGUGCAGUCCUUGAUGACAGCAUUUACCUUGUUGGAGGCUACAGUUGGAGUAUGGGGGCCUACAAAUCUUCCACAAUUUGUUACAGUCCUGAAAAAGGAACCUGGACAGAGCUCGAAGGAGAUGUAGCAGAGCCACUUGCAGGCCCUGCUUGCUCUACUGUCAUACUACCUGCAUGUGUUCCAUACAAUAAAUAACAUUUUGGAAGUACUGAAAUGUGGGAAAGCACUGUUACAUUCUGGAAAGGAAAAUGGUAACAUAAAUAUUUCACAGAACAGAAUUCUUGGUACUGCAUACAAGACCCUACAGCUACAACCACAUUUAUGAUUUUAAAAGAGGACUAAGUAUAGUGCCUGCCUUUGGUAGACUGAUAUCUUGACAGACAGCUAAUAAUACAUGGAACAUUGCCCACUUGGACAGACAGCCACGUUAGGUUAAUCUUAACUUCUUCUUGCUAUAGACCCAUAUAUUGAUUCUAAAUGUAAAGGAAAGAAAAUGCUAACCAUCCAAAUACUGCCUGGAUGAACUUGAGUAUUAUUGUGCAUUGUAUUUUACUUGUAUGGAAUCAGUAUUGGUCAUUAUGAUGCUGUUCACAAGUAAUUCAGAACCAAGAUGCUGAAAAGCAUUGAAUUGCAGAAUUGUCUCCUGAACUUGGGCUGCUUCACAUGCUCUGCAAGUAAUAGAGCUUCAGAAAGAAGGUCCUAAGAGGUAAUGAUAAAAUGUUGUUUCUGUCUUGAACAAAUUGGCUGUUUGUGCAAUCUGCCCUCAAGUUCCCAUGUACAAGUAAUUAAAAGAAAUAUAUAACAUCAUAAUCUUUUGGACUAAUUCAAAUGGUUAGAGCCACCUGACUCAGUAUGAUGUGUCCCAAACAGUUGUUAGACUCCAAAGAUUGAAUCUAGGGAUUUUUUAUAUGCAAAGUAUGUGUUCUGUUACCAGUCUGACUCCUCAUUCCCAAAGUUGUGCUGAGCUUCUAAGACACUUUGAAGUUCUCACCACUUUCUGAGUAUUUCCCCUUCAGUCAGACAGAAGGAAUAGCAGGUUUGAACAUGAGUUCAAAUUUUGAUUAAAAAUGGAGACUACUCAAACUUCGAGUUCUGCCUAUAAAAACACAUAAUUGCAUUCGGAGAAGAGUUUAUUAUGGCAUCGCCACUAGUCCAUUCCCACACAUCCACAUUUUAUGUAUUAGAUGGCACCUACAAAAAUAUUGCUGAAUGGAAUACUUCUUUCCAAUCGGCCAUACCCUCUUCCAGGUACCCCAUUCCAUUCCCACAAUCUCUUUUUCUAUUCCUCACCUACAUGCUGUGGCCAUUUAGUAUACUCAGUCCUCUUUAGGUGUUAUAAAAGAUUGAAGGGAUAGAUAAGUUAAUGUCUAAAAAAUGGUGGAGCCAUGGGAGAAAAUGUGGAGGUUUCUCAUUUUUAAAGAGAAACCAUUGUGAAUCAUUGAAGAAAUGCAAUAUUACUACCCACUGCAUUUGAAAGUCACUUUUUCUCUUUAAGAACAUAAAGUGUAUCACUUGGUUUGUCUUGAUGAUCAUGCUUAGUACAGUAGAAAUCCAGUUUAAUUAAAAAUAAUUACAAUUCUAUUUAUUUAUUUAUUAUUUUUUGCAAAUGGAGCUACAAAGUUCUGAACUGUAAGGAACAUUUGAACUAUAAAUGAACUUUUUUGGUUUUAUCACUAUAUAAGAAUCAAGCAACAAUCAAAAUGGGAAAAACUAUCAACAUUGUCUCCAGUAGUCAUCCAUAACAUAAAUCAGACAUAAAGCACCCAUUCCCAUAGAUAACAGAGAAAAGGAAAUCAGGGCCAGAUCUGAUAGUGUAUAUCAAUACUCUGUGGUGUGGGAGAAAUGGCUUUUCCCCCUAAUGCGUCAGGGACCAGCACCAAAUUUGUUCCCAUUGGUUGCAAUAGUUUAUUUCCUGGAAACUUGCCCCAGUACCAAUCUAGGACCAUCCUUUUGAGUAGCACUGAAAUGUGUAAACAAAUAGAUAUAGGAACAUCUUCAUUGAUCAUUCCAAAAGAAACAUUAUCGGGAUUUUAAAAAGGCUUCAAAAAUGUGUUUUGUCUGUAUUCUUUCCUGUUUUUCACAUGGGUGUGUCUGUGUGUGUUUAAGACUCCUGCCUCUUAUACCAUCACUUUUCUCACCAGAUAUAAGGUUCUGCUUAAAUUAACACUGAUGCCUUAUGUAAAUUCUUUUAUAGUCUUGCUGAUACCACCAAGCGUGUGGACAUUCUCUUGCCCCCAAUUCUGUCACUUCUUCCUUCUGUCACAUUGCUACGGCCACCACUGCGCAAACUGACACACACAGACACCGCGAUCCCAGGAGCCAAAAAACAGUAUUAGCAGAAGUUGAGCAAAACAAAAUAGAUUAAUAAUUUCACUCUGGCUACACUCGUCCCUUCAAAAACUAUGAACACAGACUAUUAACCCCACUUAUUCAUUUCUAACCUCAUGGAUUUAUCCUUUGUUUACAUCAAACUAUCAGUUAAUUUAAGGAGCCCCGGUGGCGAAGUGCGUUAAAGCACUGAGUUGGAGACCUAAAUGUCCCAGGUUCAAACCCCAGGAGCGGCGUGAGCGCCCGCUGUUAGCUCCAGCUCCUGCCAACCUAGCAGUUCGAAAACAUGCCAAUGUGAGUAGACCAAUAGGUACUGCUCCGGUGGCAAGGUAACGGCGCUGCAUGCAGUCAUGCCGGCCACAUGACCUUGGAGGUGUCUACGGACAACGCCGGCUCUUUGGCUUAGAAAUGGAGAUGAGCACCAACCCCCAGAGUCAGACAUGACUGGAUUUAACGUCAGGGAAAACCUUUACCUUUUAUCAGUUAAUUUCCAGACUAAUGAUCAGCCAUCAUCCUUAUUCACAUCCUUUCAGAUAUUCCCCUAUCACUUCACUCACAAUAUUAUUUAUUCAUCUAACCCUUUCCAUGAGCUCCUUAUCUGAUUACCAUAAGUAUGUUGUUUAUUCAUUCAGUCACUUCUGACUCUUCGUGACCACAUGGACCAGUCCACACCAGAGCUCCCUGUUGGCUGUCGCCACCCCAAGCUCCUUCAAGGUCAAACCAGUCACUUCAAGGAUAUCAUCCAUCCAUUUUGCCCUGGGUCAACCCCUCUUCCUUUUUCCUUCCAUUUUUCCCAACAUCAUUAUCUUCUCCAAGUUUUCCUGUCUUCUCAUUAUGUGUCCAAAGUACUUCAUCUUUGCCUCUAAUAUCCUUCCCUCCAGUGAGUAGCUGGGCAUUAUUUCCUGGAGAAUGGACUGGUUGGAUCUUCUUGUGGUCCAAGGCACUCUCAUAAUUUUCCUCCAACACCAAAGUUCAAAAGCAUCUAUCUUCCUUCACCCAGCCUUCCUUAUGGUACAGCUCUCACAUCCAUAGGUUACUAUGGGGAAUACUAUUGCUUUAACUAUGCGGGCCUUUGUUGCCACUGUGAUGUCUCUACUCUUCACUGUUUUAUCGAGAUUGGUUAUUGCUCUCCUCUGAAGAAGUAAACCUCUUCUGAUUUCCUGCCUGUAGUCCGCAUCUGCAGUAAUCUUAAGUAAUUGUAAGUAUAAGUAUACAAUAUAUAAAAAACAAAAUACAUAAAUAAAUAAAACAAUAUUUUACAAAAAGUCCAUGUCACCACAGGCAAGUAAUUAACACUUUCUUUCCUGCUUAGACAUAUUUUCUCUUCCUGCAAACAGCAGUAUUCUUUGGAGCAUUCAAAUACAGUAGGACUCUCUUAUCCACAGAUUCAAUAUCUAUGGUUUCACUCCCGGAGGUAUUUGUGGGCCUGUCUAGGUCCUCCAGCACAAUUCUAUGGUGGCUCAAAUAUAGUCCAAAAGUAAAGAGUCCAUGAUUAUCCAUGGUUUUAGGUACACAGGAUGUCUUGGAAUUUAUCUGACACCGAUAUGGAGAACCUCCCCUUUUACUCACAUUAAUUGCCUGUUGACUAUAGUCCUUAGCUGAAUUCACUGUUGGAAUGAUGCUUCAUAGGUAGUUGGAGGGCUUUCCCAUUGCUCCAAAUUGCUGUCUCCAUUAUCAGAUUAAUUAGGCAUGUACCAGAUUUUAUACACAAUAUAUUUACUUAGAAUUAACCAGUGGCCCUCAGGCUCAACUAAUCAGAUUUAGACUUCACACACUGUAGCAUCCCUUCUUUAUUUCUACACACUGACUUAAACUGAAACAUUGUAAGCUGAGACUGGCAAUGCUGGUGUUAAAAUGUGAUUUUGUACUUAGAAAGGGAAAGCAGCCCAGGGUCUGCUUGCUAGAAAUCAUAUGGCCAUUUUUAUAUUAAUGCUGUCCUGGGAAAGGCACUUGUCCCCUAUCUCCUGUCUGUUAUGAAAGUCAGUUCAGACUCCUUGGGUAACACCUGACAGAAGUAUUUUCCAUGGUAGGAUAAAUGGGGUAGAGUGCCAGUGAUGGAGACAGAAGUUCCUAUUUAUACUUCCUGGAAGGGUUAUACCACAUACUGGAAGACUCUGCCAAAUGUCAACAUCUCAUAAAAUCAAGCCAUGGAUGUUGUUUUCAAACCACUCCGAAACAUAUUCUAAAUAUAUUAGAAUCAUUUCCGCAAACUCAAUAGCAAUAUUCCAGUUAUCUUCCAUGCUAGCCUAUAAGCUCUAUGAAAUGAGAAUAUACAGUAGAGUCUCACUUAUCCAACACUCACUUAUCCAAUGUUCUGGAUUAUCCAGUGCAUUUUUGUAGUCAAUGUUUUCAAUGCAUUGUGAUAUUUUGACGCUAAAUUCGUAAAUACAGUAAUUACUACAUAGCAUUAAUGUGUAAUGAACUACUUUUUCUGUAAAAUUUGUUGUAUAACAUGUUUUGGUGCUUAAUUUGUAAAAUCAUAACCAAUUUUGAUGUUUAAUAGGCUUUUUCUUAAUCUCUCCUUAUUAUCCAACAUAUUCACUUAUCCAAUAUUCUGCUGGCCCGUUUAUGUUGGAUAAGUGAAACUCUACUGUAUAUCUAUUCAAAAUACAAGGCUGUGCAGAAUCAAAUCCAGUUUCCCAAAAACUAUUACAGUGUUCCCUCACUUAUCACUGGGGUUAGGUUCCAGGACCACCCGUAAUAAGUGAAAAUCUGUGAAGUAGGGAUGCUAUAUUUAUUUUAAUAUUUAUACAUUAUUUUAGUAGUUAUACACUAUUUUAAGUCUUUAUCAACCAAUUGUGUGUUGAUAAAUUGCCUCCUUUUCCUCCUGUUGCCACUUGGGCUCAUUUUCUCUCCUUUUGGCUUCUCCUUCCUCCUUUCCUUAGGCUGUAAAUUGUAAUUUUUUAUUAUUUAUAAUAGUCUUUUAGAGUUUAUUAAAAACUGCGAAACAGGGAAUCCGCGAAAAGUGAACCGUAAAGUAGUGAGGAAACACUGUAAGUCCAAAAUUAGCAACAAUGAUGCAUAGGUGAGAAACAAAGGCACAAAAUACACAAGGCACAAAAAAGGAGGUCAUAGGUCAGAAAAAAGGAAAUAAUUUCUAUAUUUGGAAACGAAUCACAUCUUAAGACUUAAUCUCCUAAGAAAAUGAUAAAAUUAAAGACUAAUAUAUUGGAUGUAUUUUUAACCACAUUACUAUUCCAUUCUUAUUAGUAAACAGUACUUCUACUACUUCAAACAAUUAAAGUACUUCAUUGUUUUCUCCAUUGUUUUCCAAUGUUAACUCUUAUUGUUUUCACUUCAGCAAAGCUAGCAAAUUGGGGAGGGACACAGUGAAAUCUCUAUCCAAGAAUUCCUGAAAUUAUGUAUGUUCAAGAAACACAACCCAUUUUUCUUAUCUUGUACAAACUCUGAUAGUUUUGUGUUUAUUUGUAUUGUUCAGAUCAAAUGAAUUCCUUGUAAAAUAAUACUUUGUGCAAUCAUAAGGGGGGAGGGUGUUUAGAAAUAUGUAUGUAUAUAAAAAUAUAAGAGGAAGCCUGUUACAACACUAAAUGAGAUAAGAUAUUAUGACUGAACAUUGUCACAUGCCACUGUGAAAAUGCCACUUUAAUGAGAAAUGAUUGAGGGGUGUUUUUGUCCAUUGAAAAGUUUUUUUUAAAAGCAGAUAAUUAAAGAAUUUAUGAGGAUUAUAUGUAAAUCUUUCUAACUUUCCGGAAGGCAUGACUGAGGAAACCGUACAAGUCACCAGUAAUGUAAAUUUUGUACAAUAUUAGAAUGUGUAAAUGAAGCUUGCUUGUAGGGUGAGGGAACUUUAAAUAAAACCUUACGUCCUAAUAUGUUUGCUGGAUAAAUCUCUGUUUGUAAUAUUUGAAUAAUUAAACAUUGGGAGUGCUUUUCAUCACACAGAUUUUUUUUAAAUGGUAAGUUUCCCAAAUGUAAUUGCCUGCUCUUUGGUCUUAAGAGAUAUCUGUCUGUAAAAAAAAAAAAAAAAAGGAAAGCCAAAUCAUUUGAAGUAGUAAAUAUGGCAUAUUUUCAUUGUAAAGAAAUAUGUAGACUAGAUCCUUUAAAGAUGCUUCCUUGUAAGUGGGACUAUCAUGCCAGAAGUGCAACUGUGCAAGUAUUUUAAAGCAUUAUCAUAAUCAAAGUGUGUAAGAGAGAGAGAGAGAGAGAGAAAGGCAAUGGAAUGGCUGCUUUGUUUUUUUGUUUUUCUGGUUUUCCUCCAACCUUUGAAAUUUAUGCCAACCAAAGAAACCUCAGUAAUACUGAGGGGUCAGAGUAGUUAGGAGGAAAGGAAGUUACUCUAAUGAAUUCUAGAGUGCUUGUAAUGCCAUAAAAGAUUCAGUUAAUCUGCAGCAUAGAUGUUGAUCAGUGGAACUGAACCUAGCUCCCCCAACCUUGUCAGAUUUAUUCUGUGCGUGUCAGUGUUCCACACCAAUUACAGAUUUUAGAAGGGGCUCUCAUGCAAAACUUUGUGCCCUAAUAUAUAAGCCAACUCAGAUGUAACCAAAAUUAAAAUCUGACUGUGGUAAAUCUCUGUGAUCCUGAUAUAUGAAAAUCCAAAUAAAUUAUUUGUUCACAGAAAUGAAAAAAUAACUUCAGCAGGAAAUUUCUAAAAUUACUUAUGCAGGAUUAAUCCAGUUCAAUGAGUGCAUCUUGCAUUGAUUAAUAAAGCAUCCAUGAAUUGCAAAAUGAAACUGCAGAAGACGUGCAGGGACAUUAUCUUUCUGUCCCUUACUGAAACAAACUAAAAUAGAAUAUAUAUUCCUUAAAAAACGUGGCCAUUCAGUGUAUUAUUUUAAUUGUAAGGGAUUGAAUUGAAACAUCGUUCUAAUUGCUUUAUUAUCCUAUUGGCUUAGCUAUGGUCAAAUGUAUGCUCAUUCAUUUUACUUCUAUGAAAAACACAAGUCAUACUAUAGUUCUCUUUACAAACCAACAUGGCAGCAAGCCACAGCUCAGCUGGUUUUAUUUUCUCUCUCUUGUACAAGCUUUAAUUCUAUAUUGUUCUUCUACUCUCUUAAAUCUUUCAUAUCUUACUUAUUGUGAAUAUUUUUGAUAAAUGACUUCAUUCA